AUGGCUCUCAAUUGGGACGCAUUCCUCAAUCCUGAGAGUCUGAACAUACCGCACGACCAAUGGUCCGAUAUCCCACCACCACACACAGCUCAUCACGCCUCUCAGAUGCCAAAGUCAAUAUCAACCCAUACUGCAGGCUCGACUCCUGAAGACCUUUCCGCCUUGGACACUCUCCUCAACGCUACAUCGGUCGAUCCCUACUUUGACGACUCGCUGUUCCUGUCCAACGACUACUUCCUGAGCGACAUGGAGGUCCUCCAGCCUUUUGCCAACAACAACGUCGCCGCUGGCGACUCCACUACAGAGUCCUCCCCGGAGCCCACUACAGCCCUCGGUGCCCAGUCCGCAUCUCAGACCCCCGCAUCCGUGUCUAGUCGAUUGAAUCAGUCGCCCCAAGUGUCGCCUGCUCAGAGGCAGGCCCUCCAACGUGCCAACUCUUUCCCCAAUCCCGCUUAUGAAUCCAUGUUCCCCAACACCAUGGACCAUGGCUUCGUCCAAGACCUUACCUUUUCAGACCGACCCAAGGGCUCGUCGAGGCCGGGCCUGGACAGGACUUCAACAUCAACUAGCACCACGGCAAAGCGUAACCGGAAUAAGCCCGACAUUCUCUCCGCCUGUUGGACUUCUCCAUUGUGCCCUAAUCACGACCAGGAAGGCUCACCACCCAACCCAUCGACUUGCGGCGGCGGAUGUGCACCAUUUCUAUUCGCCAAUGAAGACACCCUGCCAACACCCACCAUCAACAACCUGCUCGCUGAGGCGCAAGAAGUCAUUGCCGAAGAUGGCAUUGUAGAAAUCCAACCACGACCCAAGAAGCGAUCGGAAAGCGACGCAUCCUCGAAUGGCUUCUCAGGCCGCCAAUUCCCAAGCAACAACAACACCACCGCCACAUCUCCUACCGACAGCAGGCAGCGGAUGAAGAGUGAGACAUCAGAAGACUCGCCCGCAAAGGAAUCACCUCUAGCCAACGAAGACCCGAAGCUGCCCAAGUCUCGCCGUCGACUACCCCAUAAUCAAGUCGAACGCAAAUACCGCGAAUCGCUCAACACACAACUCGACUCCCUUCGGCGCGUAGUUCCGUCUCUCCAGCAAAAUUCACGAGCAUGCGAUGGCGCUGACAUUGAAGAUCUACCAACCACUUCGAAGCCUAGCAAGGCUGUCAUCCUAGCCUCUGCGACUGCCUACAUCAAGCAGCAGGAGAAGGAGAAGAAGAGUCUGGCGGAUGAAAACCAGCUGUUGCGAACGAGGGUCAAGGCACUCCAAGCCCUUGUCAAGUGUGACGACUGCAGCUUGAUGCAGUAUGUCAUGGAUCUGAAGCUCAAGCAAGCGAGUUAG